UCUCAGCAAAGCAGAAGUGCUCACUAUCAAACAUUUAGACAGAUUUGUGGACAACAUUUGAAAGAAAUGGUAAUAUUGUUUAUCUGGAAUGAAUUUUAGAUCUUUAAGUCCAUCUAAUGAAAAAUGGGAGCAAAAACAAAAGUGUUGCGUUUAUAUUUUUGUUGAGUGUAUAAAGCUACCCUGGAUCAAAGUACCACUAGUUGGUUCCUAGCUGAAGCCAUGAGUGGAUGUUUCACUGCCCAACAGGUCAUGGAUGAGAUUUUUUCAGGAGCCCAGGAGGAACAAGAAGAUGAAGAUGUAUCUGAAGAGGAAGAUGGGGAGGAAUGCAACCCAGAGGAUGAUGCAUCUUCAGAUGAAGAAGAAGAGAAAAUCCCUUAGGCUGAUGGAGAGACAUUUUUGUCAAAAAAUGGCAAAAUUGCAUGGUCAUCAUCAAAUUUAGACAGCAACCAGGGAACAACAGCAGCAUCAAACAUCAUGAAGAUUACUCCAGGGCCAACAAGAUAUUCAUCUACCCAUGCCCGGGACAUUUCAUCUACCUUUCUCCUGUUGAUUACACCAGGUAUUGAAAAAAUAAUCCUGAAGAAUACGAAUUUGGAAGGUUCCCAGAAAUAUGAAGAAAACUGGAACAAUAUGGAUGAGACUGACCUGUGUGGAUACGUAGGGCUUUUGAGAAUAGCAGGUAUGUAUAGGUCCAGUGGCGAGGUUACAUAUAGUCUCUGGGAUGCAGAGAGUGGAAGGGCAAUUUUUUGUGCCACAAUGCCGCUGAAAAUCUUUCACACUUCGUCAAGAAUUCUGAGAUUUGACAACCGUGAGUCAAGACCAGCAAGGCGUGUGACGGACAAACUGGCAGUCAUCAGAGAGGUCUGGGACAAGUGGGUUGAGCGUCUGCCAUACCUCUACAACCCUGGGCCUGAAGUCACAGUAGAUGAGCAGUUGGUUCCAUUCAAAGGUCGCUGUCCUUUCUGGCAGUAUAUGCCGAGCAAGCCCGCAAAAUAUGGCAUCAAAGUAUGGGUGGCCUGUGAUGCAAAAUCCAGCUAUGCAUGGAAUAUGCAAAUGUACAUGGGGAAGCUGCCGAGAGGAAUACCAGAGAAGAACCAGGGGAUGCGGGUUGUGCUUGACUUGACAGUUGGUCUGAGGGAGCACAAUGUCACAUGUCACAAUUUUUUCACCUUCUAUGAACUCGACCAUCAGCUCCUGAAAAGGAAGAUGACCAUGGUUGGCACUGUUCGGAAGAAUAAGCCUGAACUCCCCCAUGCACUCCUUUCAAUAAGAGGCAGAGCUGUCUUCUCAUCAAAGUUUGCCUUCACUCCCACCACCACUCUUGUUUCUUAUCUUCCAAAAAGGAACAAGAACGUUUCCCUGCUGAGCACACUGCAUAAGACAGCUGAAAUCAGUGAUCGUGAGGACAGGAAGCCAGACAUCAUCCUUGACUACAACUGCAAUAAAGGAAGUGUGGACAACCUCGACAAGGUUAUUGGAAUGUACAACUGCAGAAGGAUGACUGCACGCUGACCCCUGGUCAUCUUCCAUAACAUCAUUGAUGUGUCCUCAUAUAACAACUUUAUGAUAUGGCAGGAGAUCAACCCUGGAUGUCAGGGAAGAAAAACAAGAGAAGCAUGUCCCUUGAGCACUUGUGAAAGGCUCUUGUCACCCCUUGCAUUGAGAGAAGGGAGUGUCUGCCCCACACAGAAGCCUCUGCAGCCAUUGUGGAAGCUGUUUAGGGGGCUGAAUCUUGUCCUGAGCCACCGGAGGCUACAGCUGGGUUAGUCAAAAGAAAAAGGUGCCAGCUCUGCUCCUGAAAGAAGGACUGCAAAACACAAGCUGUGUGCUGCACAUGUGGGAAAUACAUCUGCAAAGCCCAUUCUCAUGUUCGGAAAUACUGUUCUGCAUGUGCUAAAUAGAGUUGAUGUUAAAAUUUUUUUGCAACAUCAAGCAUUUGUUGUUUUGUUAUGAGAGAAGUAUGUUUGUAAUUCACUUCCUAAAAAUUUAAAAGAAUAAACUGUUGACAAAAAAGUUCCAGAUUGUUGAAUUUUUCCCCUUCCAAUAUAUUUAAUUCAAAAGUAACUCCUUCACAUUUAUAUAAUAGCACUAAUAAACCUUUACUGUGUAUAAGAAAAUGAUGACGGUUUGUGUUAAA